AUGUUCCGGUGCGCGGCGGGUGCUACACACGUCGCGCGCGACGAGCUCUCGGGUGCGACUGGCGCUGAGCGCGCCGUGGGCAGGAGGCGGCGCCGGCCAAUAGCGGUGCGGGCGGACGCGCGCCGCCCAGCCAACGAGCGGCGUGCCGUGCGGGGCGUGCCCCGGCCAUGUUGCCGCAGGGACGCGCUAAUGCUCUUUUUGCCGACUCGCCGCCGGGAGAAAGCUCCGCGCGGAUUUAAGCUUUUAUACGUGGAUAAAACGCUUUUAUAG